UUUCUUGCCUUCACGUUUAAACACGUACAAUUCCCAGUUUCUCUUUCUCUCUCUCUAUGUGUGCGUGUGUGUUGAAAUUCCCCUUUUUCCCCUGUUUGAGUCGUGGAUUUCUUUGGAUAGUUUGGGUUGCUUGCUAGUUGCUAUUAUUGGAAUUGGUAUUUGUUUAAGCAUGUCAGUGGCGAUGAGAAAUAAACCUCUUGAAUUUGGGAGGCCUGUAACAAGUAAAAGAAAAUUCAAGGACUUAUUGCUUCAAAAGGAUAAUCAAUUUUGUGCUGAUUGUAAUGCUCCACAACCUAAAUGGGCGUCGGCUAAUAUUGGAGUAUUUUUAUGCUUUAAAUGUUACAAUGUGCACAGAAGUCUUGAUACUCAUAUAUCAAGGGUUUUGUCUGUGGGGGAUGAAUGGUCAGAUGAUGAUAUUGAUGCAAUGAUUGAAGUUGGAGGAAAUUCUUCUGCUAAUUCAAUAUAUGAAGCUUAUAUUCCAGAAGGAUAUGCAAAACCUCAUCCAGAUUCCAGUCAGGAAGAGCGCACAAAAUUCAUUCGGUCAAAAUAUGAAUAUCAAGAAUUUUUGAAACCAAGUUUGCGCAUUGUGUCUUCGAAAUCUUCUCAUCAAUCAAGUUUCUCCAAACAUAAUGCUGAUAGUUUCCGGAGCUCUUAUGAAUCCAGUUUCUCCAAACGUGAUGCACAUAGUUUUCGAAGUUCUCAUGAACCCAGUUUCUCCAUGCGUAGUGCGGAUAGCUUUCGAAGCUGUCAUGAAUCCAGUUUCUCCCAAUGUGAUGCAGAUAGUUUUCGAAGCACUACUAGUUUAAAGAAUCUGGAAAGAACGAGAGAAUUUAUCGGAAAGUUGCAGGUGAAAGUGAUUAAGGGCACAAAUUUAGCUAUUAGAGAUAUGAUGACAAGCGAUCCAUAUGUUGUCUUGAAACUUGGUAAACAGACUGUUAAGACAAAUGUAAUAAAGAGUAAUUUGAACCCGGUCUGGAAUCAGGUGCUUAUACUAUCUGUUCCUGAGGCUUUUGGCCCAUUGGAUUUGAAGGUGUUUGAUCACGACUUGUUUUCGGCUGAUGAUAUAAUGGGAGAAGCACAGGUAGAUCUUCAGCCCCUGAUUGCAUCAGCAAUUGCAUUUGGAGAUGCUGGAAUGUUUGAUGAUAUGCAGAUAGGAAAAUGGCUAAAAUCCCACGACAAUGCACUAAAACAUGAUAGCACAGUUAAUAUAAUUAAUGGCAGGGUUAAACAAGAGAUAUCACUUAAGCUCCAGCACGUUGAAUGUGGAGAAUUAGACUUAGAACUCGAGUGGAUACCUCUAUAACAUUAACAUCAUGUAUAGUUAAUUAUUAGGCCAAUUUAGUAGAGUUAGAGGUAGCUAGUUUUUGGAUCCUCCGAUUUGAUAUUAAAAAGUUUUUAAAAAUUCUCUUGCAAAGUAAUCGGACCUAUCGAUUACAUAUUCCUAUACAAAAAAAAAAAGCACAUAACAAAGCCAAUAAAAUUAGAUUGCA